CACCGCUGUGUGGGGGGCACCAACUUGAAGGCUUCCUGGAGAUCUCUGUGUACUCACCGACUCUCAGCCGUCUCCAUGUCAUCCCGCUUGCUGUGACGGAACCGCCGGCAUGGCAGGCAGUGAGCCCGGGGGUGGAGGAGAGGAACCAACUCUCAUCUCAUUUCUGGAAGAGGAAGGCAACGGUGCAGCAGCUCAGAGCUCUGACCUGAAAGAACACGAGGAAGAAUACAAGCUUGAGGAAGAUUUGUCUGACUGUGGCAAGAUGGGGAACGAGGUCACUUCUGAAGAAGCUGGAGACAAGUCUGAACAUAGCAGGGACAGUUUGGAACAUUGCCUGGACAACAUUACAAGCAGUCAGGCUCUGAAGUCUGCAGAUAGAAUUUGCUUAUUUGCUUUACCCAGGAACCUAAAAGAGCUCAGCUACAUCGCCAAAGAAAAGGAACUUGUGGUCCAGAAAACCAGAGAUGAGCUGAGUGCCUGCCAGCUGCGGAUCACAACACUAGAAAAGCAGCUGGAGAACGUAGACAUUGAGACAGAGGAGGAGAAGGAGGCUGGCAAUGUCCCAGCCGUGUUCCGCCUACAGGCAAUGCAUAGGCGACUGUGCACUGAGCUGGAGGGUGAGAAGAAUUUGGAGCUGAAAAUUGCUUUGACACUGAAAGAAAACAUGCUUGAGAUGUGGCAGAUAGAAACCCAGCAGGGAAAAUAUGAAAUCCUCCACAAACAACUUCAAAAAGAUGAGGAGGAGCUAGAGAUGCAAUACCAGGACCAAGCAGAAGUGCGGAUUCGGAAGGAAAAAAUAGCAGCACUGAAAGCAGAAGAAAAUCAGCUGUCUUUAAAAAAAAAAGAAGAGAAAGCCCAGAAAGGAUACGAAAAAAGGCGUAAAAAAAUGCUUGAAGAUGCCAAAAGGAACCACAAAAAAGCAGUCUACUUCCUGAGAAAAAGCAUGGCAAGAAUUCAUGAGAAGAAUGCAAAGGAAGAAGCGAAAACUCAGGAGCAUAUGGAGAGAAGGAUACAAGCUGUGCUCUCCCUGAAAAACAGCAUAACUUCCAAUAGGGAAAAACUCCAGGCUCUCCAGGCUUGGAACCAAGCAAUGGUCUCUGAGGCAAAGAAACAGGAGAUGACAAUGAGGGAGGCUAUCCUGGCAGAAGGAGGCAAUGUUGCCAAGGAAAUUUUACUCCAUAAACGUCUUCUGCAGCAUGAAAAGGAGAAAGAAGCUUUUAGAGAACAACAAAAAUCAAGAAAAAUUGAGAUUGUAUCUAAAAUUCUGCAAGAAAAAGCUUCCAUUUUCAAGCAGAAAAAUCAGCAGUCCUGUACUAAGGCAAUUAAGAGUGGUGGUAAAUGUACAGAUCCUUUACUGUGGAGAAAGAAAACAUGGCACUACAUUGAGAAGACCUGCAAACAUCCAGCUGGGGCAUCACAGAAGUCGUGGUGCUCUCCAUCAGUUUGUUCCCCAGCUGGUGAGAGAACUGCUUCUGUAGGAGAGUGUUCUGAAAAAGUCCCCCACGAUGUGCUCUGUGAAAGUGAUGAGGAUGAGGAGGAGAGGGACAAGAUCCCAGCAGAACCAGAGCUCCCAGGACUAUUGAAUCAGGAAUGUGACUUGCAUAAGAUAUCCAAAGAAGAAAUGGAUACAAAGCAUCUGGCUACAAGGACAACGAAAACAGAGAUUUUACAGGAAAAGAAGGAGGAAUUCCAAACUAGAAUUUUUCAUAAGGGAGCAGUGUCUGGUCAUGAACAUCAAGGACGAACUUUCUAUACUAAACCAAGUUGUGUUCAUUUCAAGGAUUUCGAUGUUGGUAAAAUCUACAAAAAGAAGAUAGUUUUGAUAAAUGCAUCCUACAGCAUUAACUACUGCAAACCAGUGGGAAUCAGUGAAUGGCUGAAGGACUUCAUCAGCAUUCAGUUUGACCCGCCUGGUAAAAUGUCUGCUGGAAUGUCCUGUGAAGUGGGGGUAACCUUUAAGCCUGUGGUAAAUGAAAAUCUGGAAGGAGAAGUCAUGUUUAUGGCCCAAACAGGAUCCUUCUCAGUUCCACUGAAAUGUACAGCCAAGAUGUGCAUUCUGGCACUAGAUAAAGUGCUUGUUGACUUUGGCACUCAUGUGGUGGGAGAGACAAUUUCACAAACCGUCUGCCUGACAAACACUGGAGCUUUGGGAACAAGAUUCAAGGUUCAGACAUCAGCAGGUGACAGCAGUAGAUGUGGAGCAACAGCAGGAUCUUCUACUACCAGAACAGUUACUCAACCAUGCAGUGACUCUGCUCCUGAGAGGAAAGAUAACAAUAGUUCUGUAACAUCUGUGCUUGAAAAGAAAGAACAAAUUUGUCCUGAUGGUAGUGAAGAACCAACCUGCUGUGUAGCCCAGGUGGAGCAGCAGAGGACUGAGACAAGUUCUACAGAACAACUUGCUCAAGAUGCAUUCAAUCUCAGUUCAGAUAAAGACACAAACAAUGCACAUCAUUUAACGGAACACUCACCUGAAGAAACACCAAUUGAAAUUAUGCUGGGAAAGCUGUACUUCAGUGCCAUUGGAGUCUCUAUUGACGUGCCAGUUUGGGUGCCCAAUCCCAACAUUGAUUUAAAAAUCUGUAUGUAUGACAGACUUUACCAGGACUGCGUUGUCAUCCGGAGCAGAGCAAGAACUACGCUGCAUUUGAAGUUUGAAGUAUGCAAAGAAUUGAGCAAACACAUGAAGCUGCUUCCAAAAACAGGUUACAUUCAACCUCAGUCAUCCUUCAGUGUGCAGUUGAAGUUUCUGCCCAGGCACUCCCUCCCCGAAGACGCAGGGAGCUGUUUUAAUGAAGAGACAGGUGUUCUGGAAGCUCCAGUGAUGAUACAGAUUGCAGAUAAUACUAAACAAAUUAAUUUUACUGUCCAUGCAAUUGUUACUACUUCUGACUUGGAAAUCAGUCCAGCAGAAAUCAAUUUUGGGUACUGCACCAUCUAUGAAGCUGUAAGGACAAAUGUCACGCUAACCAACAAGUCCAUCUUGCCACAGGAGUUUGGAUUUGUGAGACUCCCAGAGUUUGUUGAAAUUCAGCCUAAUGAUGGAUUUGGAGUUCUUCUUCCUCUUGAAAGUCUGACAUUGCACGUAGUCUUUAAAGCCAACAAGGCAAAAGAGUACAGCUUUGAACUGACCUGCAAGUCAGAGCUUAAUAGACAAUUCAAGUUGUCAUGCAGAGCAGUUGGAGUCCACCCACCUCUUGAAUUGUCUCAUUCCUUAGUUCAGUUUGCUGCAACAGCUCUAAAUGAUGUGUCUACAGCAACACUGUAUGUGAUGAAUUCCCAUGUGAGUGCCAACCUCUUUACUCAUGCAGUCCCAAGAAUUGGCAGUGGGGAAGUUGCCCCUGUUGGACCCACUUCGUUUGAAUUCUACGUGCCAGAAGACUGUCCUGUGACAAUCACGCCUUCUGUUGGAACUGUGUUGCCUGGGAAGAAAAGCUUGAUUCAAGUGUCCUUCAGACCAACAUUGUCAGAUCAGCUAAUCAGAGAAGAGGCAGCUCUGAGGCUUUGUGAAGCAGCUGCAACAGGGGCAGAAAUACAAAAAAGGAAGACAGAUGAGAAGAGAGAGGGAAAGAAAUUAAGUGUUCCCAUUUCCAGACGGCAGUCUUCCAGACAGGUUGUAAGGACUGGGAGUGCUAAAUACCUGAGUUCUUCAUAUAAAUCCGAGCAACCAGAAUCCAAAGAGAUAAAGUCUGACUCAGAGGCUUACAUAGCAGCGCAGACAUUCCUGACAAGGAAUUUCAGAGGAAGGUUUGAAAAAUACACCAUACCAUGCUUUGUUGCAAGUGGAGAUAUUGAUGAGAAGAGAGGCUUGGAAAGUCUAAGCUUCAGCCCUUAUAACACCUUGUAUUUGGAGCUGCAUUGUCCAGCUGUAGCACCAUCUGUUGUGGUCACUUCAGAUAAUGGAAGAAACACGGUCGAUUUUGGUGAUGUGGCAGUAGGCCAAACAAUACUGAAGCAAACUACGUUACAAAAUAUCUCCCCAGAAAAGCUGGAACUACGAUUCUCAGUUCUGAAUCCCAGCGGUCCCUUCCUGUUGGUCAGACCAGUUAGGAUGCUUGAGCCAGGUGAAAUCAGAACCCUCGUCAUCUCUUUUUCUCCAAAUGAGGACAAAUUGUUCUUUGAAAUGCUGCACGUCCAGACUGUAAAAAACAACUUGCCACUACGGAUCACUGGUUAUGGGGUGACGCCAUCAACGGUUUGCUCUGUGGAAGAAGUACUUGAUAUGGGCUAUGUCCUAACCAGUGAGAAGGCGACGUCCACGUUCAAGAUACAGAACACUUCCAUGCUGACCCUGCAAUGCUCCAUUCAUCUGGAUUCAUUUUCAUCCACGAGGGAGAAAGAUCAGCAGAGGAUUCCAUCCUUUCUUAUGUCCUCUUUACAAGGAGCAGAGAUUGCUGGAUCAGAGAACUACAAUGGUUUAAGUGUGUUCAGUGUCCUUCCUACAGAAGGAGAAAUUCUUGCUGGAGAAAGCCAGGACUUUUCUGUUACUUUCAGUCCUGAGCGUGAAGGUCUGUACUACUCUGAGUGUCUCAAGGUUGUGCUCUUUGGCAAGAAGACUGCCCAUGUUCUCCAGCUUAAAGGUGCAGCAAGAGAUCAUCCCAUGUUUGUGGAAGGUGGAAUUCCACUAGAUGUGCCCAUUGAGUCCUUGGCUGUAACAUCACCUCUGUCAUCAAAGAAAGCACUAAAAGAAGAGCUGCAAGAACCAGUGAAGUCCAUUCUCCUGCUUCUGGAGCACAUGGAGGGAGAGAAUGCCCUACUGCCAGCAGUGACAGAACUGAAAGUUGGAGCUAUACAGACAGCUCAGUUUGCAUCUAAGAAGAAUGUGGAGUUCAGUUUUGAUAACCUGUCACACCUCCAGAAGAAGGGAUUUGCUAUUGAACCUGCGAAGGGAAAAGUUGAUCGUGGUCAUGUAAAACGCAUCAGCGUUUGUUGGGUGCCACCUGCUGACUUUGAUGCCAGUGCCCCCCUGGUUGAGACAGCCUUCCUGAACUUAAAAGGUGACAUAAAGGAAUCUUACCGAAUCCUCUUUGUGGCAACAGUUAUAUCUGCUCCCACUGGCUGAGGGCCUGAAGCUAUGUGGAAGGUGAACACUUAAUAUUUGGGAAAUCACUGGAUCUCAGUUGGAACCUGGGAAGAUUCUGAAACUGUUGCAAACAUGUGAGGGGAGGAGGAAAGUGGAGAGGAUUAGAUUGACCUGGUGAUGCUAACGUUGUAGUAUAGGGAAGAAUAAAUGAGAGGCACCAAGUAGAUACAUGUCUGUUAAUUGCAGUGUCUUCCAAAGGCAGGAAUUCCCUCAGAAGGAGUAUCUUUUACCUCUAAAUGGGUGAGUUUCAAACAAUGUCUGCUUCAAACUUCAUAUGCAUUUUAAUGGCUGAAGUGGUUUUCUUUUUUUGUUUUUCCUACUAAGACCAGAAUAAAGCACUUUAUUUUAAGCCUC